AUGGCGGCUCAGAAUCCGACCGGCGGCACCCCUGAGGGCCUGCCGAUGCCCUCGCGCAACCCGCUCCCUCUAUCGGCCUCGCAGGAGGCGCAGAUCAGAGACAUCUACUACGCGCGCGUGCGCAACGCCUGCGCGCCCGAGAUCAAGGCCUUCGCGGACUGCGCCCUAAACCGGACCUUCACCGUCUCCUUCGUCUGCCGCACGCAGCUGCGCGCCAUGAACGGUUGCAUGAAAUCACACGCGACGCCCCAGGAGCACGAUGCCGCGCGCGAGGAGUGGUUCGCCAAGCGCCUCGAGCGGCAAAAGGAGCGCGAGCGCAAGGCUGUAAAGAAGUCGCAGCAAGAGGACUUUAUCCGCGAGUGGUGGGGGUUGCCCGAAAAGGAUAUCGAGACGAGGAGGAAAGAGGAGGAGAAGAUGCGCAUGGCCGAGAGGGUCGGCGGGUACGCCGCCAGAGACCGGAAGAGGGCAGAGGAGCAGGCGGCGGCGGCGGCGGCGGAAAAGAGGUGA